GUAUUUGAUCUGCAGAUAGAUGGUUGAUCCUACGCAUGUGACAUUUGGAUAUGACAGGUGCCUUUAUUAGAAACCAGCAUCACAGUUUUGGGGGUUAGUAAAACAUUACAGUUUUUAGGAUUAACACUAGGGUAGUUACAUAAUAAACAAUAGCCAUAAAGUGAAACAGUAUUUUAUAGUGCCCCUUAAAGGGCACCAUCACCUUUAAAUACUAUUCCCCUCCCCCCCCCCCCAUCUAGAGAAGGACAAUGGCUGCACGAUUAGGCUUUUACAACAUUUUCGUUUGUUGUUGUUUGUUCUUUAUUUCCUAUCUCAAUUCCGAAUAUUUUCUGGGCUACAAGUCCCCACCUCUUGCUUUACUGAAAGCAGGAAACUAGGUCAGCUUUAAGAAGUUGAGGAGAGCAGUAUAAGAACGGGAAAGGAUGAAAGGGCUUCGAAAGCUGUCAAAGCCAGUGGUUUCCAAAGCGGGCAAAGCAUUAAAAGUGGACAAGUGCAUCACAACUUUAGCUCCCAAUGCAGAGGGUAUACAAAGGGACCUAGAUAUACCUGGAUAAAAGCCCUAGAUGAUGUAAAUUCAACUUCUCCGCGGCGCUUUUACGCCGGAGUCAUCGCCACCAAGCGUUCCAGAUUGAAGAAUCACUCUUGUGUUUUGGGUGGCGCCCCAAAGUCUUUAGAGGCCUCUUCUGUGUUCUUUUUUAGGAGGGUGAGCAGUGGAUGCCCUGCUCUCCCCGGGUUCUCUGUGUCCAAGACACGUGACCUUUCACUGCGUUUCCCUCUCCGCAGGAAACGCUCAGCACUUCAGAGAAGAGCAGUUCUGAAACUGUCAGCAGCUCAACCGUGGCACCUCCAGGAGGGAACACACCCAGCCCGCCGCUCCCGCCGCUGUCACUAGCCCUCCCCUUGGGGCGGAGCAUCGCUCAGACCACGCCCAGGCCGCCUGCCUCCAGUAUGUUCCCGGAAGCAGACCCGCUUAUCCUGGCAGAGUUGAUUGGCUGCAGUUUUGGACAGUGCGAGGGGUUUUUGUUAGUGUAGUUUGGGCAGAGAAGAUAAUGGCUGGGCAGGGUGUUCUGCGCGAACUGCUGGGCCCUUUGAACCCAUACAAGAGCGACGACGAGGAGGAGGACUGUGCUCAGGAGGAAGGGGAGCAGGACUCAGAGUUUGUGGAUGCGGAGGAGCUCUGCAGCGGGGGCAUCAAGGCGGGUAGCCUUCCUGGGCGAAUGCGAGUCCCGUUUGUAAUUGCAAUGACGGCUUUGCAGUUCCCCAAAGUCAUGGAAUUCCUUCCAACGCUUUUUCCUCGACACUUCAAAAGUCUUAUCAGUUCCUGUUCUGAAACAGUGCUGGGGCACAUAGAAGAGGCUCUGGGGACACAGCCAUGGAAGCUCGGCUUCCGGAGGAUAACCUACAGAGAGAUGAAGCUGCUAUCCUGUGAGGCCAGCUGGACCUCAUUCAGUCAGUGCCCCUCGCUGCUCCAGCUCAUGACUGCCCUGCAGAAGAACGCUUUGGUCCUGUAUUCUAAGCUGAGGCAGACAUGCAGAGAAGAUGGACACACGUACAUCAAAGUAAAAGACUUGACCUGGGGCUUGUCAGAGCAUAUGUCCUUCGAGGAAGCAUGUCAGUCUCUGGACUUUCUGAGGACCAUUGACGUGAUAACCUAUGAGAAGGACUUCAUUUUUCUUUCUGAACUGUACCAGGCUGAGCACGACAUCGCCUCCUUCAUAUGUGAGCUGAUGAACAGACCCCCAUGGCAUUUAAAAGUAGACGUGAGGAAUGUCCUGGCGUCAAUUGGUGGUGCAAAGAGCACUGAUUCAGGCAGUACAGAGGCAGUGGAAGGGAGCAAGCCAGACGAGGUGGAGGUGGAGGUGGCGGCAGAGCAGGGUGACAGUGUUUUAGGUGCACAAGACAGCGGUGACCAUGUUAGAAGCAAUGGCGAACACGUCACGAGUGCAGAAAUAAACAGAGUCCCACUGGAUCGAGAUCAGGUGGUCGCCCUGGAAACGAUCUGCACCAAUGCGGUGACCGUCCUCAGCGGGAAAGGCGGCUGUGGGAAGACCACUAUUGUUAGCCGUCUUUUCAAGCAUGUGGAGCAGCUGGAAGAAAGGGAAGUGCAGCAAGCCUGUGAAGACUUUGAACAAGACCAGGGGGCCUCAGAAGAAUGGCUUGACUUUCCUAAGCAGAGUCCAGCCGGGGUGGACAAGGCUAUAGAAGUUUUGCUCACCGCACCUACGGGGAAGGCAGCUGGCUUAUUGAGGCAGAAGACCCAUCUUCCGGCUUAUACGCUGUGUCAGGUCAACUACAGUUUCUAUAUGUGGAAGAAAAAUGAGGCAGACAAGCCGUGGAAAUUCUCUACAGUUCGAGUUCUGGUUGUGGACGAAGGGAGUUUGGUGUCUGUAGCAAUCUUCAAAUCGGUUUUAAAGUUACUGCGUGAACACUCCAAACUGUCUAAGCUAGUAAUCCUUGGCGAUGUUAGACAGUUACCCAGUAUUGAACCUGGUAACAUGCUGCAGGAUGUUUUUGAGACUCUUAAGUCAAGACAGUGUGCCAUCGAACUAAAGACAAACCACAGGACAGAGUCUCAGCUGAUCGUGGACAAUGCCGCAAGAAUCUCCAGACGUCAGUUUCCAGAAUUUGAUGCAGAAAUAAACAUCUCUGAUAAUUCCACAUUACCCAACUCCAUUCAAGAUAAGACAUUCAUUUUCGUGAGACUCCCUGAAGAGGACAGCAGUUCUCAGUCGUCUAAAGGCAAACACCAAGCUGAUUUAUAUUCUGCAGUUAAAACUUUGCUUCAAGGGAAGGACUUCUGCAGUCCUGAAAGUGCAAAAACAUCGCAAUUUAUUGCAUUUAGAAGGCAAGACUGUGACCUCAUCAAUGACUGCUGCUCCAAGCACUACACAGACCACCUCAUCAAAGACCAUAAGAAGAAACUCAUCUUUGCUGUUGGUGAUAAGAUCUGUUGUACCCGGAAUGCGUACCUCUCAGAUUUACUCCCUGACAGAGACCAGGAAGCCAACGGGAAAGGCUUUGGAGAUGCCCCAGACGAUAAUGCUAAAGGCAAACAGGAUUUUGAAAGUAGCAUACGACUGUGCAAUGGGGAGAUAUUUUUCAUAACACGGGAUGUAACUGACGUAACUUCCAAAAGAAAAAGACUUUUGACCAUUAGUAAUGACGCUGGAUUGGAAGUGACUGUGGACUUUAACAAACUAAUGACAAACUGUCAGAUAAAGCACGCGUGGGCAAGGACCAUUCAUACUUUUCAGGGGUCCGAGGAGAAAACAGUCGCCUAUGUAGUGGGGAAGGCAGGCCGCCAGCACUGGCAACAUGUCUACACUGCGGUGACUCGGGGCCGCUCCAGGGUGUACAUCAUUGCGGAAGAGUCUGAACUCAGGAGUGCCAUCCGGAAGCGCAGUUUCCCCAGGCAGACGCGUCUGAAACACUUCUUGCAGAAGAAGCUCUCCAGCAGCUGUGCCUCCUCAGAGGGUCUCCCAUCUCAGCCUUCGAGCCCUAGAGUAGGAGGAAGACCUGACACACAGCCUCUGGCGUCACCCCUGUGUACAACCCCAGGCAGCAAAGCUACCGCAAACAGCGCCAGGGGUGAAGCGUCUCCAGCCACAAAGGAGAGGUUUGCCUUAGACGGAAGAUGGCUGUCAACUUGUUUUAGCGACAUGGAUACAGAUGAGGAGUCAGAACAGCUUCGAGGGUCCAAAAGAACAGGCGAUGGCUUCCCAUUUGAAGAAGAAAGCCCCAGUAAAUUCCGUAUGGUUGAAGAAUCAUCUCCACAAGUGUCUUCUAUAUUUCAGAGUCUGAGGUUGAAUAACUUAACUCGCAGACAACUUUUCAAACCCUCUGACAAUCAAGAAACAGCUAAGUCAGGUGUGGUGGAUCACACCAAUAAUGCCAGCAAUCAGGAGACUGAGCCCUGAGGAUUGUGAGUUCAAGACCAGCCUGGGCAGUAUCACAAGACCCUGUUCAGACCAUACCACCACCCACAAAAGCCUCAAAACAGAAAAAAAAUAUUUACUUCGUGUUGCUCAAGAAAUUUUUUUUUUACCUCUUUCAAGACAAGAUGAACAUUUUAGCUUCAAAGUUUCAAGCUAUGAGAGGGCAGCCAACACUGGGCAUUUUAGUUUGGGGCAUUUGUAUUUUGGGCACAUGACCCAAAAUAAGAUUUUUAUGUUAUUUUUAAACCUGAGUUUGAAAGCAGAUAUUUUAAAUCCACCCAAUCCAAGCAAACUGUGAGGAUUUCAGCCUCCGUCCUCAUGAGAGCAGUGAAUAGGGGACGUAGCUGGGGGAAAGUUCUGCUUGAAACACUCCCAUGUUAGGGGCUGCUGGACCUUUUGUGAUAAUGCCACGUGAUCACUGUGGAUCCCCUCUGCCAGCGCCCUGAACCAGCAAAGGUGGACUGAUCGUACCUGCUGAUGGUAACACAUUUAAGUUUGUCACAGCAUCCCUGCCGUGAUGCUGUGGCCGUCACUCCAUCCCGGCGCCUGGGACUCGGUGCACUUGGGACUUGGAUAUGCCUUUCUGAGUUGGGAGUGAGUUUUGCAUAUAUCCCAUUGUAGGGGGGCUUUCUCUUAAAGCAGAUGAUUUUUAAGUAUUUAUUGCCAAGUGGUACUGUGAAGGUGUCUCCCCAGCCCUGUGUGGGUUUUACCGUGGCAGUGGAUGCCUGGUCAAAGUGGCUUUUUGCUGUCUUGAGUCCUCUUGGCCGUUGUUGCUGUGGGAGGGCCUCACUAGAUGUGUAUACCUUGUCUUUCCAGCCCUCUGAUUACAGUUCUUAGUAGGUUGCUUAUAAGUUAUCCCUCUCCAACAGCUCAGGUCAUGGAAACUUCUAGCCAGUGUGUGCACAUCAUGUGCUUUUUUAUAUACUCUGCUGUUUACCUCUUGGACUGUCAGAAUAGUACAAAGAGAAUUUUUCUAUCUUUCCUCCUUCUUUUUGUGCUGGGACUGAAGCCAAGGACUCGUGCCUGCUAAGAAAGCACUUUACUGCUGACUUUCAUUCCUGGUCCUAAACAUGACUUUUAUAUGUACCAGGAAGUAAACAGAACCAAUCAUGUUAUCCAUCUGAUUGUAACUUUGUUUUUAUUGUUGUACUCUGGACUGAUCUGCAGCAUUUCAGAUAGAUGUCUUUGUGAGAAAUAAAUUCUCUAUUCUUUUACUAAA